AUGUCAGGCGAAGGCCCCGAAUCCAUCCCCACAUCAGCGGACCCGCGCUCCAAACGCCCAACAAAGAAGCGGGCACUGACCCCGACGACCGCCCAAGCAGCCACCGUCAACGCCCUCUUCUCGAAGCCGGAGCAGGAAAUCCGCAUCCCGCGCCCGGGGCCGUCCCGCCCCUCCGUCGCCGCCCCGCCAGAGAUCGUCACCAACGUGCAGGGCUCCAGCGCCGGCGCCGGCUCGGGCGAGUUCCACGUCUAUAAGGCGGCGCGGCGGCGCGAAUACGAGCGGCUGCGGACCAUGGAGGAGCAGCUGCGCGCCGAGAAGGCGGCCGAGGGGUUCGAGCGCGCCAAGCGGGAGCACGAGGCCCGUGACGAGGAGAAAACGCGCAAGAAUAGGGAGAAGAGGGAGAAGAAGAGGGCGAAGCAGAAGUUGAAGCAGAGGCAGAAUGGCGGAGGGGCAGGGGGAGGGGAUGGGCAAGGCGGUGCCGAUAAGGGUCAUGCGAACAACCAUGAUACGAAUGGCCAGGCGCCUGGAGGAGGAGAAGGAAGGAUUGCUCCGAGGAGAGACGUUGGGGCCUUUGAAGGAGGGGAUGCUGGCGAUAGGGACGGCUCUGGAGCGGCCCGGGCAACGAAUCGUCAGGGGACGGCCGGCACAGUUCCUUCUGAGCUUCAAUCACAGGGACUGGUAAUCCACGAGGAGGAUUAA